AUGCCUCAAGCACCGGUCGAAUUGAUUCGCCACGUCCAGAUCUGUACCCGGUCGGCGGCGGACUUACCCGGCUACAACCCGAGCAACCCGACCCUACCCGCCCUGACGCCCCUCUCCGCCGCUAUAGCUGCUUCCCACCCAUCGCCGCCGCAGCUCCGCUGCAAGAACUGUAAAGCAACGCUUCUCAGAGGAUCGGAGUCCAUCAUCUGCGCUUACUGCGGCCUGGCGCCCCGCGACGGCGGCGUUUCGGAUCCCAUCAGCUUCACCUCCACCGUCGGGUAUCAGUGGCUGCUCCGCUCCCUCCGCCUCGAUGGAUCGGAAAUGGUGGAUCAGACACAAAAAAGGGAGCAAAAUCAAGGCUACAACUCUCCCAAAUCUUUAACCCCUUUGUCUAAAUUCUUAAAUUUUAAGAUAUCAAGGCCAGCUAAAACAGAGAAGCAAGAAAUUGUUUUAUCGGAGAAGAAUUCAGAACAGAAUGAAGGGUCUUUGAGGUUAACUGUCGUGGCUCCCGAUAAGUUCUUUCUGAAAUCACAGAAAGAUAUUCUAUCUGACAUGUCCUCAGGACAGCCAUUUACCGGCAACCGGAUUGGAACUUCCGAUGAACGGAAAACUGUUGCUGCUUUUGGCCACCGAAACUCAUUGCAAAACGUUGAGUCAUCCGAGCCAGCUGACAGCUCUUCCAAAGCCUUUUCCGAAUGGGAAGCUGAAUUCCAAUCUGCCGAUUCUGAAAAUCGACAUGAAUUUCCAGAUGCCUCGUUUGAGGAUUAAUCUUGCUGCUCAUAUCAACUCCUUUUUUCUGGCCUAAAGAUCCGAAUGGCAGAAAAAAGUGAAGAAAUCCAGCUGUUUCUCCAGCUUUUGAUGAAUGUACAACUUUCGAAUGACCAUGAGAUUGAUCCCAGUGUUGGUUGAUAACAAGUCCUCAGAGAUGAAUUUAUUCAGCUUUGAAAACAAGUCUGAAAGGGGCGAUUUUGGUAGAUUUUGCCGACCAAAAAGCCCUGCAUCAAACUGCGGCCCUUCUCAAGAAUUUUGACGAGCAACAAAUUAUGGAGAUGCUAUUGCACAAUCGGCUGAUGACGAUGUGAAGAUGGUGAUUUCCCAAAUGCACGAUCUGUCUUUUGUGCUAGAGUCUAGCCUCUAUCCCUUCAGGCCCAAAUUCCUCCCAAAAGAU